AUGCAACGGGUUGGGAACUCGCCUUCGCCUUGCUUACGUGUCAAUGGGCAUGAUGCUUUUGGGUUUGGGUAUGAUGAGUCAAGUGACAGUUACAAGGUAGUGAUUGCCAGUCGGGAUUAUUCUUCUGGAACAGUAACUGCGCAGGUUUAUAGCUUCCGUGGCAGUUCUUGGAAGAGGGUCAACAGUUUUCCUGCUUUUCCGUUUUUUGAUGAUAAUGGCCACUUCAUCGGUGGCACUCUUAAUUGGUUAGGUCUCCGUAACCCGCAUGGAGGUGAUGAUUAUGAUUGGGAUGCUGUUACACUUGAUAUGUUAAUGAUUGUUUCUUUUGACCUGAAAUCGGAUACAAAUAAACAGAUUCUGCUUCCAAAGGGUAUCGAUGAGAUCCCCCGUGAAGAGCCAAGUCUGGAAGUUUCGGGAAACAGCCUGUAUCUUCUUCAUGAUUACAAGAACACUCAUUUUAUUGCAUGGCAAAUGAAGGAGUUUGGAGAUGAAAAUUCUUGGACUCAAUUGCUAAAGAUUAGUUUUGACCAUCUCGGUGUUGAAAUGCUAUUGCUACCGGAGCUUAUAUUUGAGAAUGGAAAUAUCUUCAUGUUUAUGGGCAGGCAUUGUUUUGAGGAAGUUUUUUAUGACCGAAGAGAUAAUAGUGUUAAACGCGUUAAUAUCAACAAUCUUGACUUCGAUGCAUUUGAUUAUGUUGAGAGCUUGAUUCAGCCUUUUUAA